AUGGCGGCUCGUACUACUGGAGCAGUAUCCCCGCAACUGUACUUUGAUGGAUCCGAAAGCAAGUAUGACCUUUGGGAAGCAAGAUUUUUGGGACACUUACAUAUUUUAAAGUUGAAAGACACUGUUCUAAAUGAACCAGUAGGAGAAGAGCAAGCAGCAGCGGACAGAAUAAAGAAUCCAGACUGCUAUGCAGAGCUCAUCAGGUUGAUCGAUGAUAAAAGCUUGUCUUUAAUAAGACAUGAUGCUGCAUACGAUGGCAGGAAAGCACUGAAAAUACUGAGGGACCACUACUCAGGAAAAAGCAAGCCACGAAUAAUCAACCUGUACACGUCCUUGACAAAACUACGGAAAGCAGACAGAGAGUCAACUACGGACUACAUCAUCAGAGCAGAAAACCUGAUUACAGCACUUCGUGAUGCCGAUUUCAAAAGAAGAUUACGUAUUUACGAAGAGUCAGAGAAAAUUAGUACUGCUGAGCCAACAGACAAUGUGAUGAAAACGUUCACAAAACAGGAUAGAAAUAUCCAGAAGAAGUACACCAGCAGCACUAAAAGUAGAAGUGAAGAUGGAGAUCUGACAUGUUUCAAAUGUGGAUUAAAAGGACACAGAGCAAGAAUGUGUAUCCGAAAAGUGUGGUGCAACUUUUGUAAGAGCAACACACACCAAGAAACCAUAUGCAAAAAGAAAGAUAAACGAGACAAUGUCAGAAAGGUUACGGAUGAACAAUCCAAUGAUUACCUCUUCAAAGCAGCACAAGAAGAAAGUGAGUCAGCACCCAAAAUAAAGAUGAAAGGCAUUAUGGUGGAUGCAGGAGCAACAUCCCACAUUGUAAAUGAUGUAAAUAACUUUACAAGCUUUGACAACACUUUUCAACCAGAGACUCAUUCAGUGGAACUAGCUGAUGGGACAAGAUGCAGUGGAAUGGCCCAAGGAAGAGGAACAGCAACGAUACAUCUAGUGGACAGCGAUGGACGACAGCACAGGGCACAACUACGAAAUGCUCUGUACAUGCCCUCAUAUCCCCACAACAUCUUUUCAGUGGCAGCAACCAGGAGCAACCAUAACUUUCAAGAAAGGAGAGAGCCGCAUGAUCACUAA